AAAUGACACUGACAUAAAUGGUAAACAAAAUAUUGAGAUGUAUACAUCUAUAGUUUGGAUGUCGAUUCUUUAUUCACAGAUGCAGGCAUACUUUGGAUAAUAUUGAAGUAAAAGUAAACAAAGUUUUCUCGAUAUCGAGUUUUCAUUAACAAAUUUUAGUGAGCGAAAUGUCCACUAUUCCUGAUAUAUCGGGACGUUGCCGGUGUUGUAUGGCGGAAGAAGUACAAAUGGUCCAUGCGUUUGAAAUCCUGCACGAAUUUGGUGUCAAAACUAGUGACUUGAUUGUAAAGUUUGGUGGAAUAGUGAUUUCAGAAAAUGACCAUUACCCCAAAAACGUAUGUUCGAGAUGUGUAAAUGAAUUAAAAAUUGCAGUUAGAUUUCGACAACGUUGUCUAGAUACUGAGGAAAUUCUAAAGAAUACGAAACUUGAUAUGGAAAAUCAAUUUUUGUCACAACGGUCUUAUGAUAUCUCUUGCAGUAAAAAUUUGGUGGAAAUUCCAUUGGAACAAAUAACAGAAUAUGAUAAUGAUGCCACGACUAUCAAAACAGAGAAUGAGCAUAUAGAAUUUCCAGAUGAUAGGCGAGAGGGGACUGAAAACCCUAGCUCCGACUCGCAUCAAGCUCCGGAUGAGCAAAUCCUAUUAGACCACAGUAAAUCACAAUCGACAUCGCAUGCCGGUGAACUAGAGCACAGAUGUGAAAUGUGUGGCGAAGAGUUCAGCAAGGAGUACGAUUUGACGUACCAUAUGCGAAUUCACGCUGCCGACCGGCCUUUCCGGUGCGAGGUUUGCGGAAACCGAUAUACACGCAAGAGUGAACUGACGCAUCAUCAACGUAGCCAUUCAAGUGAUCGACCGCGGAAAUGUGAAAUUUGUGGCAAAGAAUUCUACAAGACGGGCAAUCUAACGCAGCAUAUGCGCAGCCACACCGGAGAAAGGCAGUUCAAGUGCGACAUUUGUGGCAGAGACUUUUUCCGGAAAGCCCACCUGACGGAGCACCGACGACUUCAUACCGGCGAACGCCCACAUAAGUGCGACAUCUGUGGACAGGAGUUUUCAAGAAGUACUGACUAUACGCAUCACAUGCGUGUUCAUGCCGGGGAACGGCCGUUCAAAUGUGACGUUUGCGGAGCAGAAUUUUUCCGGAACAGCAGCCUGGUUUGUCACCAGAAGAUACAUAAAAAACCUAAGGAAAGAAGGAAGCUGGAUAGGCCUGGGAAACUUUCAACAGAUGCUGGCUUGAAUGGAGAUAUAAUCGUUGAUGCAGUUUACCCAGGCGAUGUUCAGUAGUUUUUAAUUUGUCACUUAGAUAGUAACCUAUUUUCAAGCACUUUUUUAGUUAAUGUAUAGUGUUUCAAAUUAAUUUUUAGUGUGCAUACAUUUUUUUCGUCAGCGAUUUUGAUUUAGCUCAUUUUUCCGACGAAAGUCCAAAACUAUAAAAGAAGAUAUAAGUUCAAACAUAAGAACGAUGAAAGUAAAUGUUGAGAGAGCAGAUCCUGCUCCUUAAACUCUUGUUAAAGGCUGUAAAUUGCGAAAAAGCUUCGAGGUCCAUCGGCAUAAAUAUCAUACAAGUGAAACCUCGUGCAAAACCGCGCUCUAUUUACUGUGAAGUCUUUAGCCGAACAGUUAUUGCAGUUGAAUGUAAUUUUAUACAGAUUGGUCUGAUAGUAUUUUUACUGUUGGUUGGUUCCGGUCGCUUUUUCAGGGACAUUUUAAAAGGGAUUCUUACGGUGAAGAACCUUAAAAAACGGUGUAGGAUCGAUACCAACAUUUAGGGCAUUAUUCUCAGACACAGAAAUAUUCUUCUAGUCACUAGGUAACGUGAAUGCUAGAAUAGGGCCCUUAAUCUUAGCUGCUCGUAUAACCUUUUUACAGGAUCUCUCGUGUCAAGAAGUACUACACACUU